CCUCACGUUUCUGUUUCUGUCGUCCCAUUCACGUCCUUUUUCUCCAAUCUUUUGUCUUUGCCCCGUUUUUCUCUUCUCUUCUCUGUUUCUUUUGUGAAGGCAGUACAAAGGAUGAAAAGGAAAGAAGAAAAGGAAAAGGUGUGAACGCAUAAUAGAGGGAAGACAAGAAAAAAAGAAAAGAAAAAAAGAGAAACAGAAAAGAAAGGAAACAACAAUGGUGGAUAAGGUUUUAGGUAAUGAUGAUUUGGUAGAGAUGAGCAUCAUAAUAGUUCGUGGAGGUCCCUCUUCAUCUCGAUUCUAUGAUGCUUAUCCCAAAAGGGUUUUGAUGGAGGGGAGAUCAUGUGGUGAUUGAUAUGAUGAUAGUGGUGAUGAUGGAGAUGUUUAUAAGGUUGUUAUUUUGUUGAAUUCUUUGUUUUUCCGGAAAUGGAAAAAUUCAAUCCACCAGCAACAAAACGUAUCUCCUCGAACCGGAUAAGCUGAAAUUGGAGAUUCUAUUCUCACGGCCUUCUCAAUGGAGAAUCAUCACCCUUCCACUCUUUUAUCAAUGGAUUCAAGCGCUUCUUCUCAUGAUGAAUUCGAUUUGGAAAUGAAUAGGCAAACUGUUCUUUCUCGUCCGCCUGAUAUCAAUUUGCCCCUCUCUGCUGAGCGUAGCCCUCCCCCGCAGCCAUGGAACUCUGACCACUGUGAUAUUUUGGAUGUUGGGCUCGGUUCACAAGCUUAUGAGACUGAGAUCUAUCUCAGUGUUCCUAAGACAGGACGAAAAUGUGCCAAGCGGGUAGAUGGUAUAUGGGGUGCUUGGUUUUUCUUUAGUUUUUACUUUAAGCCUGCUUUGAAUGACAAAUCAAAGACCAAGAUAAUUCGUGAUAGCAAUGGUGUUUCUGGAUUUGAUAAAUCAGAUCUCAAGUUGGAUGUUUUUAUGGUUCAGCACGACAUGGAGAACUUGUACAUGUGGGUUUUCAAGGAGAGACCAGCGAAUGCAUUGGGUAAGAUGCAGCUUAGAAGCUACAUGAAUGGGCAUUCUCGCCAAGGGGAGCGUCCGUUUCCGUUUUGUGCUGAUAAGGGAUUUGUCCGUUCACACAGGAUGCAACGGAAGCAUUACAGAGGACUGUCAAACCCCCAGUGUGUGCAUGGUAUUGAAGUUGUUCCAUCUCCAAAUCUUAAGGCUGUUAAUGAGAAAGAACGGAAAAAGUGGAUGCAGCUUACUGGAAGGGAUUUAAAUUUUACAAUACCACCUGAAGCUAGUGAUUUUAGUUCAUGGAGAAACCUUCCAAACACUGAUUUUGAGCUAGAGAGGCCUCCUCCAUUAAAGAGUGUAUCAAAUUCUCACUCAAAGAAGCUGCGUAAUGGGUCUGGGCUCAAUUUGUCUACUCAAGCAUCUAGCCAUAGCUAUGGUGACGGGAUGGACUUAUCACUUGUCAGCAGAAAAAGGAGGAAAGACUUUUUCCCGCCCGAAAAUGAUGAUUGCUAUUUGCUUGCCAUUCCUCCGUCUGACCAAAUUCCAGACAUGGAAAUUCAUCCCAGUGAGCCACACUGGUUAAAUGACUUCAGUGGGGUAAUGAAAAAUGUCUGUGGGCCUGUUACUGCUGCAAAAGCAAUCUAUGAGGAUGAAGCAGGUUACUUAAUCAUUAUCAGCUUGCCUUUUGUUGAUCUUCAGAGGGUCAAGGUCUCUUGGAGGAAUACUAUCACUCAUGGUAUCAUAAAGGUAUCUUGUGUGAGCACAUCCGGCAUGCCUUUCAUCAAGAGACAUGAUAGGACUUUCAAACUGACAGAUCCUGCUUCUGAGCAUUGCCCUCCUGGGGAGUUUGUUAGAGAAAUUCCACUGUCAACACGAAUUCCUGAAGAUGCUAACAUAGAAGCAUAUCAUGAUGGUCCGGGUUCUGUGCUUGAGAUUAUAGUGCCUAAACUGCGGGUAUUGCCUGAAGAACACGAAAUCCGUGUUUGCCUCCGCCCUAAGCUUGUAGGGAAUGAUCUCUUGUUGACAUGAAGUAGCAUUUAUGGAGGAUCAUAAGGGUAGUUACCAUGGUUGGUGCUUCAUUGUUUUACUGACUUUGUACCAUACAGUGUAAUCUAUGAAACAAAAUGUGUUUUGCAAAUUUUACUCGCUCAUUGCUAUGGUUUUUUCCCCAUGAUUUUGGUUAGCAUUUGAGUGUAACUAUAAUUGAUUUUCAGACUUAUGUUUGAUUAUAGUCAUUAAUAUAAAGAUAGUAUACUUUUUGGUUAUUUAGCUCUUCAGUUCCUUUCAUUGUGUUUGUAAUAGCAAUAUUUCUCUCGAUGCUCUUGUUGCAGCUCAUGGAAUUUAAUUAGGGGUUAAUGUCUUGACUUAUGCAAUUGUUUGCACUCACCACAAUCUCUGCCAUAAGUAGAAUUCUUUUGUAAAAACCAUGUCGGCCAACAGAUAAAUGCACUUUCCUCUUCUCUUUCUCUCGUAUACGAAGAAUUUUGGUUGCAUUUUCCAACUGAACCUUUAGGACACUGUCACGAGAAAAUUCUUCUGAGGAAAAAAAAAGUAAAUGUCACUGUUUUGUUAGUUUGAUUCAUUGAACAAGCCUUUUAGUUUAGCCAUGGAAUAUGAAAAUGAAGAAGUCGACCCAAACCCAAAGCAGA